GCUCAGAGUGCCUAGUCGAAUGAAAGAUUUUCAUGGCAGACGCCCCGCAAGAGUCUGACAUGGGUGGUGAUCAUAGUCAUAGCCAUGACUUAGAGCAGCCUUUGAUGGCCAACAAGGAUGGUCAUGGCCACGGUGGACAUGGACACAGCGACCACGGCCACAGCCAUGGCAAUGGUCAUGGUCACGGCCAUGACGGUCAUGACGGUCAUGAUGACCACAGCGGCCACGGCGGCCACGGCGGCCACGACGACCACGGCGGUGAUGGUCAUGGACAUGCGCAUGGCCAGGAUGGAUAUCGGUCGGGCAGUGAGAGCGCUAAAUCUGCCGACAAUGAAGCCCGGUUGAAGAAGGCAGUAAUGUGGGCGCUGUUGUUCAUGAUUGUGGAGAUUGUCGGAGGACUGGCUGCCAAUUCACUGGCCAUCAUCACGGAUGCCGCGCACAUGCUCUCGGAUGUGGGUGGCUUCAUCGUUUCCUUGGUUGCACUGCAACUCUCCCAGAUGGAAGCGACACAGGAAUAUACCUAUGGUUUCAAACAGGCUGAAGUGCUUGGUGCGUUGCUCUCUGUGGCCAUCGUAUGGGCACUCACGGCAGUCCUGCUUUGGGAGGCCGUACCACGUUUCAUUGAGCCCAGACCAAUUGAUGGCAGAUUGAUGUUUUUCAUCAGUCUUUUCGGCUUUGCUGUCAAUCUAGUUCUGAUGCAGGUGCUGGGCCAUGGUCACUCGCAUGGUGGUGAUGACCAUGGGCAUUCGCAUGGCGAGGACGACAAUGUUGCUGUUCAAGCUGCGCUUGCUCAUGUAAUUGGCGACAUAGUACAAUCUUUGGGCGUUUGCGUUGCAGCACUCUGCAUAUGGCUUCAGCCGUUGGAUGUGGGCACCGUCUGGACCUCUAGAGGGGAGGUCAGCAAGUGGAACUAUGCGGAUCCCAUGUGCACCUGCCUGUUUGGCGUGAUUGUGCUGCACACUACAAAAGCAACCAUGGUGAGAACCACGGAGACGUUGAUGGGCAAGGCUCCCUCCAGGAUUGAUCAGAACAAGUUGGCCAGCGACAUUGAGAAGAUUCCGAAUGUUGUUUCUAUUCAUGACCUUCACGUUUGGUGCAUGGGAUCUGCGGAUGUCUUCACCACUGCCCACAUUGUCGUCAGCAAGCACGAACAUCAGGCCGCUGCUUUGCGUAAAGCGAUCCAGGCAGCACGUAACGCGGGCGUUGGACAUGUGACCUUUCAAAUGGAGGUCUUUGGCGAAAUGCUGGAGACACAUUGUGGAGGCUGCGAGAGCCCCAAACCUCUGCCGAAUGGUCAUGGCUCUGGCCAUGCAGAGGAAAGCCAUGGUCACUCCCAUGGCGCCAAGGAAGCGCAUGGUCACUCCGGUCAUGCAAGUGAUAGCCAUGGCCACUCCCAUGGUCAUGCACAUUAGCUGCUUCACUAGCUGCAUGGUUUCAGUUCCAGCUGAGAGACGGUAGUGAUUUCUUUAGAGACAAACAAGUGAUAAAGAACCUUGGCAUACAGGAGCUAUUAACAGUUCCUUGUUCAAGUGAGCAACAUAGGCAGGCCAGACAACCUUUCGUUUCCGC